AAAGACAAAAACUAAACAUGAGAAGAAAAUGACCAAAAUUAUGACUAGAUAGAUAUGUGUAGACAUUAUUAAACCAAGCUAUGUUUGAAGAAACCUAAGAACAUGGUAUUCUCAGAUUUUUGUUCCAAACACAAACAUAAAUAAAUAAAAUCAUUGUAAGCAUAGAGCAUCUCAAUAUCUCAAAAAGAAUAUCUUCCCACCAUUUAUUAAUUAUUACAAUGUCUUAUUUCUAUCCCUCCCCCCUAACUAACCAUCAAAAAUUUCAAAAAAAAUUCAAAAUGGGAAAUAUUAGUAGUAUGAUCAAAACAUGUCUACUAACAAUCUUAUGUUUUCUAAUCCCCAUCAAUGCAAACAACAACAAUUCAGAUCAUGUCAACAACACCUUACCAAUAAUUGAAGCUAUUGUGAUACUUGUUCUAAUAUUUCUCUUCAUAUUCUAUUACAUGAAGUCGAGGAAUUUGGAAAAGAUCGCGAAGAAUAAGAAUGAAAAUGAGAAGAUCAUGGAUCAAACAUCCACAGUUUCAGCUCAAGCCCCUGCAAAUCAGAUUAGGGGAAGAGGGAAUCUAAUAUUCAUAGACCAUAAUCGAAGGAGAUUCGAGCUCAACGAUCUUCUCAAGGCAUCUGCAGAGGGAUUGGGGAAAGGAAAUUUCGGAAAUUGUUAUAAGGCGACAUUAGAGAAUGGUUGGGCUGUGGUUGUGAAGAGGUUAAGAGAUUUAAAACCUAUGAGUGAAGAUGAGUUUGUGAAGAACUUGAAGAUGACCAUUGCAGAUCAGAAGCAUCCUAAUUUGUUGCAGGUUCUUGCUUAUUACUAUGCUAAGGAGGAGAAAUUGCUUCUUUACAAUUUUGCUUCUAAUGGAAAUGUCUAUAAUCGACUACACUCAGGAAGAGAGACUAAGAGUCGAAUUCCAUUUACGUGGAGUUCAAGAUUAAAAGUCGCAAACGCAGUCGGUCGAGCGUUAGAGUAUCUCCAUCACAAUGCUGCCGCCGAAUCGCCUCAAUCGACAUCCUCCUUUUCAACCGCCGCCGCCGCCGUUCCCCACGGAAACCUAAAAUCCUGCAAUGUGCUUCUGGACAGAAACGAUGAUGUUUUUGUCGCUGAUUAUGGCCUACUGUCUUUAAUCGCACAUCCAAUCGCGGCGCAGCGAAUGAUCGUCUUCAAAUCGCCUGAAUACCUGUCGCACAGGAGACUGUCUCGUAAGUCUGACGUUUGGAGCUUCGGAUGCUUUCUUCUAGAACUCUUGACUGGUCGAAUAUCGGCCCACGGAGCUCCUCCGGGAGUCGCCGGCGGUGUGGAUCUAGGAAGUUGGGUUCAUCGAGCUGUAAGGGAGGAAUGGACGGCGGAGAUAUUCGAUCUGGAGAUUUGUGUACGUAGAGGGGCGAAUCCAGGGAUGUUGAGGCUGCUUCAAAUCGCCGUUCGAUGCUGCGAUCGGUUGCCGGAAAGACGGCCGGAAAUUGGAGAGGCGGUGACGGAGAUGGAGAGCAUAAAAGCGGUGGCGGCGGAAGAUUUGGAAGAGGAAAUCGGAAGUUCGUUUGAUCGUUCAUUGACGGAUGAUUCCAUUUCCAUCACAGUAGCAGUUCCGACUUACGGUGUUUGAAUGCCGG